CCGGCUGUUACAAGGCGAGAUUCCUGCAGGAGGCGAGUCCUUCCAGCUCCCAAGAGCCCCGGUCGGGCCUCGAUCAUGCUGGCCGGCAGGAGGGUGGCGGUGCACGUCUGCAGGGCGGGUGGCUUCCCGCAACGGGCCCGCUUCGAGCAGCAGCUGCUUGCAAUUACUGCAAGUUCAAGUCCCACCAGGCCCAAGGUUGACUCAGCCUUCCAUCCUUUAUAUAAGAGCAUCGUUAGCCACUGCUGUCCGCCCCAUGAAGACGGCGGCAUCGUGCACUGCGCUUUGAAAUCCCCCCAGUUCCUCGUUUCUGACCGGGAGUUUCCUGGCUCCACCGGACUCCUCUUGAAGCGCCCCCCCUUCUGCCCCAUCAAGCAUUUGACCGCAGAGCAAAAGGCUUCCCUUCCUGCAGAGACUCGGCGCCAGGGGGUGGAUGUUGGGGUAGCUGUUCUCCUGGAGUCGGCCAGCGCAAAGCUUUUGCUGACCCGUCGAGCGAGGACGCUAAGUCUCUUCCCCAAUACUUGGGUGCCUCCUGGCGGCCAUAUUGAACCGGAAGAAGAGCUGCUGGGUGCCGGGCUGAGGGAGCUGCGGGAAGAGACCGGCUUGCAGCUGAAGGAUGGGGAAUUCUCCUGGCAACUGCUGGCCCUCUGGGAGUCUGUGUAUCCCCCACGGCUGAGCCAAGGUUUGCCCCAACGGCACCACAUUGUGGUCUACCUGCACUUGGCAUUGCACGAGAGCCACCGGCAGCUCCAGGCCAGGCUGAAGCCCAAUGAAGCCGAGGUCGCCGCUGUCGCUUGGCUGGACCGCCCCACCCUGGCAUCCAUUGCAGCGACGGAGGGUGGAGCAGAAGGCGAGGCCCUGGGGGCCGGCAAGGGUGCACCAUCCACUGUCAGCAUCCUUGAACUGGAGAAGGGCUCAGCCAAGACCCUGGUGAUCCCCACCGCCGCCUUCCUGGCCACGGCACAAGGGGAAAACAUGGAGCGUGUCAGCAGCGGGACCAAGUACGCCCUCCGGCAGUGGCUGAACAUGUCUUCCUUCUGAACAGCCAAAGAUGUUCAAAGGCCUGGGAAGCAGGAGGAGAAAUCCUUGGGCAGCGCUCCAUGGUCCUGCCAAUGCCUCUCGAGUUAACUGGGCAAUAUGUGGCUCCUACAAUCAAAAGUUUAUUGGUUUUUGUUUUGGAAAGACUGGAAGAAACUGUUCCGGACAUUUUUCAGUUGCCAAAAGAUAACAAGUCUUUAUUUACAGUAGUGGCCAAAAUUGUGGAAACCUUUUGGGGAAAGUGUAUUUUUUAAAACUAGUUAAUAACGCCAGGUGUUGUUGGGUUUUUUUGGAGUACCAUAAAAUUAUGUAUCAAUGGAAAUAUAAUUUAAUUGAGAAUGUAAUCCAAUAACUUUUAUGAAGGAUUUGCUAUUAGAAUAGCAGUUACAAUAUAAAGAAGUGAAACACAUAGAAAAAAACGAAAUAUACAAAAAUGAUCCCUAUAGAAAAAGUAUUAAAGUAAAGGUAAAGGUUCCCCUCGCACGUACGUGCUAGUCGUUGCCGACUCUAGGGGGCGGUGCUCAUCUCCGUUUCAAAGCCGAAGAGCCAGCGCUGUCCGAAGACAUCUCCAUGGUCAUGUGGCCGGCAUGACUCAACGCCAAAGGCGCACGGAACGCUGUUACCUUCCCACCAAAGGUGGUCCCUAUUUUUUCUACUUGCAUUUUUACGUGCUUUCGAAACUGCUAGGUUUGCAGAAGCUGGGACAAGUAACGGGAGCUCACUCCGUUACACGGCAGCACUAGGGAUUUGAACCGCCGAGCUGCCGACCUUUCGAUCAACAAGCUCAACGCCCUAGCCCCUGAGCCACCGCGUCCCCUAGAUACUAGAAAAAGUAUUAACUGUCAGUUAAUCCUUCGUUGGGUAACCUUUAGCAUGAAUGACGGCCUUACAACGUCUUCCCAUGGAGGGAACCAAGUCUUUGAGUUCUGCAGCUGUUCUCAUGUGAAACCAAGAUGGAAUGAUGGCUUCUAUUAACUGGGUUCUAUUGCUGGGUCGCUUCUGCCUAGCCAGUUUCUUGAGUAGGCUCCAUAGAUUUUUUAAUUGGGUUAAGGUCUGGGCUACUCCCAGGCCAUUCCAGCAGUGGAAUAGGAUUAUCUUGAAACUCCCCCAAAAAGUGAUGUUAUUAGCCAUCAAACGUCAAAAAUACACUUUUUCCACAAUUUUGACCACUACUGUAUGUCGAUGAAGAUUUUCAGUCAUCUGGGUAGAGUUGUCGGGAAGUUCACCAC